AUGGGGCACAUCAUUAUGUCAGCUGCCUCCAAUCAAGGCCCGUUGUUGAAUCGCGUCACCAUGGCACAGUACACUGUCGCUGUUUUCUUCGUCCUGCUUCGCUUCUUCACGCGAGGAUUUAUAGUAAAAAAGUUCGGGUUGGAUGAUCUCUUCAUCUUGGUUGCCGCUUCUUUGGGAUUGGCUCAGACAGCCACUAUCAUAUUACAAGUCGAACACGGGAGAGGCCGACACUCAUCAGAACUCCACAAAGAGGAUUUCGAACUCAUGUUGAUGUACAAAUGGAUCAACCUGCUGGUAUACUUUGUAGCGAAUUGGGCAGUGAAAAUGUCCGUUCUGGCACUCUUCCAUCGCAUUGGCUCCGGGAAGCGAGGUCUACCUCUCAUCGUCCAGUCACGCGCCAUCUGGGCAACGGCUGGGUUAAUAUCAGCCUUUACCGUUGCUGUCGUCCUUGUCCAGAUCUUCUCCUGUCUACCCAUCAGCGCAGCCUGGAAUCUGGAGCAGCUUCCCAUAAUGUGCAUUGACAGCACAGUGUUCAUGCACGUUCAAGGUGCCAUAAAUGUAUUUACUGACGUGGUGCUGCUGUUGUAUCCAUUACCAUUGCUACCCCUGCUGAAAUUCAACAAGCGACAAAGGACGGCUCUCAUCGUCAUUUUCUCCAUUGGCCUCAUUCCUGUUGUAGCAAGCACCAUGCGUCUCUGUGAAAUUUUCACGAGUGGCAACGAAAUUCAGCAUGGUGUGGGAUGGCAGCAGGCGGAUUCAAGCUGGACAUGGGCCUGGAUCCCCGUUUGGUCCCAGAUCGAAGUUGACAUAGGCAUACUGACCGCCUGCCUCCCUUGUCUCUCUCCUCUGCUUCGUCUGGUGUGGAGCGAAGUCAGUGUACCAAGAACCAUGACACCGAGUAUGGUCGAGUUGCCGAAGUACAGCGGAAGCUGGAAGAGUGUCGAUAGCCAGGAGAGCAUGGAAGAGAAGGACAUUCCAGGUGGUAAAAGGAUAGAGAUGGUAAUAGGUGACAAGACGAGGGAUAAGGAACUGCCAAGACUACCAGAAGACGUUGAAGAGAAAAAUGGGCGGGUCAAGAUGUCGAACUACUACGAUGACGCCAGUGACGAAGAGGAAGCAAGGGAUGUUGGUGUGGCGCGGACGGGCAGUAAGAGACCGGAAACAAACAGGAAACUGUCAUGA